UUUCUUUAUUUACUUUUGUCUGAUUUCUCUUUUUUUUUUUCUUUCGUUUUUAUAUAUUUGCUACCAAUACUAGUUUGAACAUUUCCACACAUAAUUUCGUAGGCAAAUAAGAGUACUGUUACACUCACCUGAAUAAAUCUAAUGUUGAAGAAGACUUAGCCAUCUUAAUUGACCAAUACUUUGCUUAUGUCAAUCUUUGCCCACCAAGAAGCUAUGAACAAUGAAUAGCCUCCUCUGAUUCACAACAAACAUCCACAAAAAACAUGAGGUUUUUGUCUUUCUUGAUCUCAGUUUUCGCAGUUCUUGAAUUGGUUCAAGCUCAAGAUCAAUCAGGAUUCAUCAGCUUAGAUUGUGGUUUGGUGCCUAAGGAAACUACUUAUGUGGAGAAGUCGACGAAUAUAACAUACAGAUCAGACGCGACUUUCAUCGAAAGUGGGUUGCCCGGGAAGAUCAAUGAGGUAUACAGAACACAGCUUCAGCAACAGACUUGGGCCUUAAGAAGCUUCCCUGAGGGUCAAAGAAACUGUUACAACUUCACCCUCACCGCGAAACGCAAGUAUCUGAUCAGAGGAACUUUUAUCUAUGGGAAUUACGACGGUUUGAAUCGACUCCCGAGCUUUGAUCUUUACAUUGGUCCAAACAAAUGGACCUCUGUUUCGAUCCCAGGAGUAACAAAUGGUUCAGUCAACGAGAUGAUUCAUGUCUUAACACAAGACCGUCUUCAAAUUUGUCUUGUUAAGACAGGAGAAACUACACCGUUUAUUUCGUCAUUGGAACUUCGUCCUUUGAACAAUAAUACAUACGUCACACAAAGUGGAUCGCUGAUUGCGGUCGCAAGAGUUUACUUCUCACCCACUCCACCGUUUGUGAGGUUUGAUGAGGACGUACAUGACCGAAUUUGGGUUCCAUUAUUAGGUAACAAAACUUCCUUCUUAAGCACGGAACUUUCUGUUGAUACAAGUAACUUUUACAAUGUGCCUCAACCUGUGGCGAAAACUGCUGCUAUCCCGGCAAAUGCUACUCAGCCUCUGACAAUAGAUUGGACUCUAGACGACAUCACUGCACCGUCAUAUAUAUACAUGCAUUUCGCUGAAAUCCAGAAUCUUGAAGUUAAUGAGACCAGAGAAUUCAACAUUACUUACAAUGGUGGCAAAAAUUGGUACUCCUAUUUUAGACCUCCAAAGUUCAGAAUAACAACUGUAUACAAUCCAGCAGCUGUGAGUUCUCAAGAUGGGAAUUUCAAUUUCACUUUCUCGAUGACCGGUAACUCUACUCUUCCUCCACUUAUCAACGGCCUCGAGAUUUACCAAGUCUUAGAGCUUCUACAGCUUGAUACAGACCAAGAUGAAGUUUCGGCUAUGAUGAAAAUCAAGACAACUUAUGGUUUGAGAAAAAGAUCUAGCUGGCAAGGAGAUCCAUGUGCUCCUGAGUUAUAUAGAUGGGAAGGUUUAAACUGUAGUUAUCCUGUCUCUGAGCCACCGCGGAUCAUAUCCUUGAACUUGAGUGGAAGCAAUUUGAGUGGUACCAUAACACCUGAUAUAUCCAAACUAACACAGUUGAGAGAACUAGAUUUAUCAAAGAAUGAUUUAUCAGGAGAGAUUCCAGGUUUUUUUUCACUCAUGACGAAUUUGACACUCAUAAAUUUGAGCGGAAACAAGAAUCUCAAUCGCUCAGUUCCUGAGACUCUUCAGAAAAGGAUAGAUAGCAAAUCUUUAAUACUAAUUAGAGAUGAAACCGGAAAAAAUAGUAAAAAUGUGGUUGCUAUCGCAGCAUCAGUGGCUAGCGUGUUUGCUGUGCUAGUUAUCUUGGCUAUCGUUUUUGUCGUCAUAAGGAAUAAACAGAGAACUAAUGAAGCUUCAGGACCUGCAUCAGUAACUAGGGGUACGGUUAAAAGUGAUACAAGAUCAUCCAGUUCAUCAAUCAUAACAAAGGAACGCAAGUUCACGUAUUCCGAGGUACUCAAGAUGACUAAAAACUUUGAGAGAGUUCUUGGUAAAGGAGGGUUUGGGACAGUGUAUCAUGGAAACUUGGAUGAUACUCAAGUAGCUGUGAAAAUGCUCUCGCAUUCAUCAGCUCAAGGUUAUAAGGAGUUCAAAGCAGAGGUCGAGCUUCUUUUAAGAGUCCAUCACAGACAUUUGGUGGGACUUGUGGGUUAUUGUGAUGAUGGAGAUAACUUGGCUUUGAUCUAUGAAUAUAUGGCAAAUGGAGACUUGAGGGAAAAUAUGUCAGGAAAACGCAGUGUCAAUGUCUUAAGCUGGGAAACAAGAAUGCAAAUAGCUGUAGAGGCAGCACAAGGAUUGGAGUAUCUGCACAAUGGAUGUAGGCCUCCUAUGGUCCAUAGAGAUGUGAAACCAACUAACAUCUUAUUGAAUGAUCGGUCUCAAGCAAAACUAGCCGACUUUGGGCUGUCGAGAUCUUUUCCAGUUGAUGGUGAAUCUCAUGUCAUGACAGUCGUUGCAGGAACACCUGGUUACUUAGACCCUGAGUAUUACCGAACAAAUUGGCUAAGCGAGAAGAGUGAUGUGUACAGCUUUGGUGUAGUGCUUUUAGAGAUAGUCACAAACCAGCCUGUGAUAAAUAAAAACCGAGAGAGACCUCAUAUCAAUGACUGGGUUGGGUUCAUGCUUACCAAUGGGGAUAUCAGGAGUAUUGUCGACCCAAAACUGAUGGAUGACUAUGACACAAACGGUGUAUGGAAGGUUGUAGAGCUGGCUUUAGCUUGUGUAAACCCGUCUUCAAGCCGUAGACCGACGAUGCCACACGUGGUGAUGGAGCUAAACGAAUGUCUUGCUAUGGAAAUUGAAAGGAAACAAGGUAGUCAAGCGACGUACUCAAAGGAUUCUGUUAAGUAUAGUCCAGUUUCUGCUUCUGAUUUCUCCCCUUUAGCUAGGUAAAAUGUCUUUGUGUUGUCAAGCUAUGUUGUUUAUAAUAAUGGAUUGUUCAUAUUGAAAAUCUUAAGAUAGCUCUGUAAAUUUUUCCGUAAAACGUACUAGCCUUUAUUAUGUAUAACAUUCUUGGGUUCCAAGAAAUUGAUAUGUAUAAUAUCAGUUUAUUUAGUCAUCAACGCCAUGGCAAAAAGACCAGGAUGCUCUGUUUUGAUUA